AUGAGCGCGAUUGAGCCGACGGCGCACUCGGCAGCCGAAGAUCUUUCGGACAGGAGUAACAGCAGUAAUUCGGAGAGUCAACUUCACGCGUUUCAGGAAUACGGAAAAAUCAAGGAGCUAAACCUGUCACUGAACAAGGCGAAAGAAUCAGCACAGCCAAAUAAAUCAAAGGAAUUUAGUUUUACCUUGGAAGGAGGUCGACGGCACGGAAUAUCCUUCGGGAGUUUGGCGGCUGAGAGACUGACGAAGGACCUGUCCGUGGCUCUGGAUAAGCCGAAAGAUUUUGACUUCCAGCCUGAGAAGAUCAAGGAACUGUCUAGCUACUCGUUGGACAGGUCCGAGGACACGGACGCAUCGCUGGACACGACGAAGGAGUACACGCAGAACUUGAGUAGACCGAAGGAAUGCAAGGACGUCAUCUACAGUUUCGACGGGAUAAAGGAUAUCCACUUCCCGAGGGAGAGCAGAGACAGCAGAACGAAGAAUAUCCACUUUCCCCUGGAAAGAAGCAAAGACAUGAACUUUCAAAAGGCGUACAGCAACCCCCCCGAUCGAAUCAAGGACUUCAACUUCGCCCUAGACCGAAUGCGAGACACCCACGUCGGCGGACUCGCUCUCGAACGGCUUCGCGGUGGUUCUUUCCUCGACCCCGCCGACUAUAGAAGUUCGCAAAUUCAGCCCAGGGACGAACUCGAGGCGAUGGCGAUCGAAAGAAUGCGUCGCUCCCAUAUCCUCACCUCGGAUAUCACCCCUCGAAAUUUACCGGCUCUUCUCCCUCAUCAGCACUCGAUUACCGAGAUGCAGCAUUCGCAGCAGCAGCAACAGCUACAGGGAAAGUCAUUCACGAUCGACUCCAUUCUUGGUCUUCGGAAUAACCAGCGUGAGAAACCGCAGCGAAGCCAGCAACAUCCCUACAGAAGGCAUCAAGGGCAGGAAACCUCCGCGAAAAACGGAUCUUCGGGGUCUAGCUCGGUCAACAGUGGGAAGCUGAAAAGGGUGCGAACCAUCUUCACGGCCGAGCAGCUGGAGCGUCUGGAGGGCGAAUUUGCUAGACAACAGUACAUGGUUGGACCCGAGCGGCUUUACCUUGCACACGCGUUAAAAUUGACAGAAGCGCAAGUGAAGGUUUGGUUUCAGAACCGACGUAUAAAGUGGAGGAAACUGCACCACGAGCAACAAAGUCAACGCCUUCACGAGCUUCAUUCACACUUCUCGCCAGAACAGGAAGUCGAGGAUAGCAACGAAAAUACCGACUGCCAAGACGCUUUCAAGCCAGAUUGUCCAAGACGAUUAUUCGGGCAGAAUUUUCUGGGAGAGGUUGAAAAUAAUCCAAAAGCACGAGAUCCAAGUUGGCGGACGCUUAGAGAAUAUUUUGUAAAAGGAAAGUGUGACUAG